CUCAAAAUCAACAUAUUCGAAUUAAAAGGGAAACUAUAGCUUAUUGCGCAAAAAAAAAAAAAAAAAAACUAAAACAUGCAUAGAUCAUCAAGCACAAAUCGAUUCUCAGACGAUUAUUCCACGAGUUAUUAUUCAUCAUCUUCUAUUUCAUCACAAAAAGUGCCUCCAGCACUAAGAACAUUGUCUUUAGAAGCCAAUGGAUUAUUACCAAUAUAUGAACCUCUCUCUGAUAUUGCUAAAAAGGAAAAAUCUCAUGCCAAAUUUGCAGCAAAUGCUGUUCAUAUUAUACCACUUGUCUUAUUAUUAUGUGUAUUUAUCUUAUGGUUUGUGUCUAAUCCAGACGUUGAUGCACCAUUAAAAGGGGAAAUUAUUGCUACAACAAUAGAAGGAUUGCCACUUGAAGGAGAUCUCGACCCUGAUGGCACAGAAAUUACUAAUUUACCCCUAGAUUUGAGCGAUGUCGAUUUGAUAAAGCAAGGUCAAAGUCUCCAAAAGUCCUAUAUCGAAAAAUAAUUUCUCCAUGAAAUUGUUUUUGAUACUAAGUUGUUGAUAAUCACACCAACAUGAAAGUUUCAUUAUGUCUAUGUAUUACCUUUAGAAGGGUUCAAAUUUAUAUAUUACAUCAAUGAAGAAAUACCACUUAUUUUUUGA